CGGCUGCAUUGGAUCUGCCCGAUCAGGGAGUGAGGAGGAACCAGACGGAAAUCAUGGAAGUGGAAGUGCGGAUGUUUCGUGGGGAAGGGACAUCCGAGCGGGAAAGGGUGAGGUUACAGGCCAGGAACAACACGAUGGACAUCUUUCGGGACACAGUGACUGGGGGGAAAACCACAGGUUUUGGUGCUGUUUCUUUCAUCGCCUACAGAGACCUGGAUGCGGUGCUGAACGGCACAGAAUUCAUCAACGACGGAAAAACAAGGCAUUUCUACUUGGCGUCUGAGGUCAUCUCAGCCUCUCUCAGCCACAGUCCAGGUCACACGCCCCACCAGACCGUGAAUUUCACUCUCAGACACAAGGAGUUUUGGGAUAGAGGCCUCACUUCAGUCCACUGCUGUCUUCACAAACUGCCUGUUGGACAUCAAGAACUGGAUAAGAACUAACUUCCUGCA